AUGGUCAAAGCUGAGACACUGGAUGAAGAUGCAUCCCGACUGAGGAAAGCAAUGGAAUCCAAUGAGCCCAAGUUUGAAACCGAACACUCGGCUGUACCUGGGAGGCAUCCUUGCUAUGACCUGGAGUUUCAUUCCUUCACUACGUCAGCAAUUAGCACCACAGCUCUGUUUCCAAAGUGCUGCCAACUAAAUUUCCUGGUUGACCUAAUCGACGCCUGUAGCAUUCGCAGUGAAGCACUCGAAAAGAAAGACAAGAAAGGCUUCACCUGCUUGAUUUCUGCAUGCCGAGGAGCUGUUAAAGUGAACAUUGAAGUUGACAACGAAGAAGACAGUGGUGCUGAAAGUGAAGAAGAGGAAGAAUCUCAUCAGAAGAAGGGAGAAUCAGAUAAAAGAAACCAAGAGAAAAGUGAAGAUGAGGAUGAAGAAGAGACUGCAGCAGAACGUAGGCGAAGAUACAGAAGACGACGGAUGAAAGAUGAUGGAAAAGAGGGGAACGAAUCAGAUGGAGAAGCCCGCAAAAGCAGGAAGAACAGAGCAAAUCAGAAGACCAAGGAGGAGUCUCGGGAAGAUAGUGAUGAUGAGGAAGACGUGGUGAAAGACCACAAGAAUGACAAGAAAAAAGAGAAAAAGAAGAAAAAGAAAGAUAAAAAGAACAAAGGACCAAGCUCUGAUUCAAGUUCUGAAGAAGAACUUACAGAGGAGGAACUGGCCAAGCUGAAGGAAGCAGUGGAGGAGAAAAAGAAGCUAAUUGCCACAUUAAGGAACAAGCCUUGGAAUAUGAAAAAGAAACUGAAAAUCUUGAAAGAUGCCCAAUGUUUUGUGGAAAAAUUUGAAGGAGCUCUUGGCAAAGGCAAAGGGAAGAAAUUUUAUGCAUAUAAAGUUAUGAUGAUGAAAAAAUGGAUGAAAUUUCAACGCGAUUUUGAGAAUUUUAAAACAGCCUGCAUACCCUGGGAAAUGAAAAUAAAAGAAAUUGAAAGUCAUUUUGGCUCUUCUGUUGCAUCCUACUUCAUAUUUUUGCGAUGGAUGUAUGGAAUAAAUAUAGUUCUGUUUGGACUGACCUUUGGUCUUGUCAUAGUGCCCGAGGCAUUGAUGGGGAAACCAUACGGAACUUUACCUAGAAAAACUGUGCCAAGAGCAGAGGGAGCGAGUGCGAUGAACUUUGCCACGUUGUGGGACUUCAGUGGCUUUGCACAAUAUUCUGUCCUCUUUUACGGCUAUUACAAUAACCGGAGAACAAUUGGGUGGUUGAAGUUCCGGAUGCCUCUCUCUUACUUUUUGGUUGGAGUUGGGACCAUCGCUUACAGUUUCAUGGUUGUCAUCCGCACAAUGGCAAAGAAUGCACAUGACGAUGGUGGCGGAGAUGAUAACAGUUUCAACUUCAGCUGGAAAAUGUUCACCAGCUGGGAUUACUUGAUUGGCAAUCCUGAAACAGCAGAUAACAAAUUUGCAUCAAUAACGACGAGCUUUAAGGAAGCGAUUCUGGAGGAGCAAGAGAACCGAAAAGAGGAGAACAUCCAUUUGACGCGGUUCCUGAGGGUUCUUGCUAAUUUCUUUGCCCUCUGCACACUGGCUGGGAGUGGUUAUCUGAUCUACUUUGUUGUACGGCGAUCUCAGAAAUUUGCGUUGGAAGGCCUUGAAAACUAUGGAUGGUGGGAGAGGAAUGAAGUGAACAUGGUCAUGUCCCUUCUGGGAAUGUUCUGCCCUACUGUAUUUGAUGUCAUCAGUGCUCUGGAAAACUAUCACCCUCGAAUAGCCCUCCGGUGGCAGCUGGGGCGCAUCUUUGCUCUCUUCCUGGGCAACCUGUAUACCUUCAUUAUCGCUCUCAUGGAUGAAAUCAACCUCAAGCUGGAAGAAGAGAAGAUUGUAAAACAGAACAUGACAAUUUGGCUGACAAACCUGUACAAUGGGACGCUUCCUGAAAAUGUCACUGCUGCUACCCUACAAGUGGACCCUGCCGAUGUCCCUAGAGGCCCAUGUUGGGAAACAAUGGUUGGUCAGGAAUUUGUGCGGCUAACAGUCUCUGACACUGUGACAACCUACAUCACAAUUUUAGUUGGUGAUUUCCUAAAAGCUGUCUUCGUCAGGUUUUUCAAUUACUGCUGGUGCUGGGACUUGGAAUAUGGCUUUCCUUCAUAUUCAGAAUUUGACAUUAGUGGAAAUGUGUUGGGUCUGAUCUUCAAUCAAGGCAUGAUCUGGAUGGGCUCUUUUUAUGCACCAUGUCUCCCAGCGAUCAACGUCCUCCGUCUCCAUACGUCCAUGUACCUGCAGUGUUGGGCUGUGAUGUGCUGUAACGUCCCCCACGAGAGAGUCUUCAAAGCCUCACGAUCAAACAACUUCUACAUGGCCAUGCUGUUAUUUAUCCUCUUUCUCUCCACGCUGCCGGUUGUCUACACAAUUGUUUCCAUUCCGCCGUCUUUUGAUUGUGGUCCAUUCAGUGGAAAAACCAGAAUGUUUGAGGUCAUUGGAGAAACUCUGGAGCAUGAUUUCCCUUCCUGGUUUCGGAAGGUUUUUAAUCUUUUAUCAAACCCUGGUGUGAUCCUGCCCUUCAUACUGUUGAUGGUCCUGAGUAUCUACUAUCUCAAUGCUACUUCAAAAGCGUACAUGGAUUUGAACAUGGAGCUCAAGAAGAAAUUGCAAAAUCAAGCUGAGGAAAACAAAAGAAGAAACAAGCAAAAAGCAGAGCAACCCCGGGAUACUGAAGAAAUCUCCAUUGAGACACAGCCCAAACAGAACAAUCCAAAAGGGGGUCAAGAUAAAGAAAAGAGAGAAAAGGAGCCCAAGAAAAAGUUGGUUGAACAGCAGGAGGAAAGGCCUGGUGGCGUUGCAAAUGGAAACUACUCUCCUUACAGCAGAGGACGAGGUGGCCUUGCGCCUCCCCCACAUAUAGCAGUGACUCGGCCACCAAUUCCAAGGGGCCAUGGCAUGAAUGGACACACUCCUGGGGACCCACGCUUUGGAGGCUUUUCGCCAAGAAUGCCAGAACCGCCUCUAAAUCACUGA